AUGAUGAACAAGUGUCUUUCUGGCUACAUUGAUCGAUUCGUCCAGCUCUACUUAGACGACAUUUUGGUGUACUCUCCAACGGCUGAAUCGCAUCUGGAACACAUUCGUCUAGUUCUGGAAAGGUUUAGGCAGUUCAAGUUAUAUGCCAACCCGAAAAAAUGUAAGUUCAAUCAGCGUGAAGUGGAAUUUCUAGGCAUGAAAGUCUCGGCGGAUGGUAUCCUACCCUCUGAUUCCAAGAUCAAAGCUAUUAAGAAUUGGCCAGUUCCUACUAAUGUGCAAGAGGUCCGUCAAUUUGUUGGUUUGGCUUCUCACUACCGAAGGUUUAUUCGACAAUUCUCGUCUGUAGCUGCUCCUUUAACUGAACUCACUAAGGCUUUUGAUCAAUUGAAAUCCUUAUUAACACAUGCCCCUUGUCUCCAGCCUCCUGAUGUGAGCAAACCAUAUAUCAUUGAGACAGAUAGCUCUGACUUUGGUUGCGGUGCGGUGCUCUUGCAAAAAGAUGAUCAAGGCGUUCUACAUCCUUUGGCAUUUGAAUCUAAGAAAUUCUCUAUGGCUGAACGUAAUUACCCUGCUCAAGAGAGGGAAUUACUUGGUGUUUUGCAUGCUUUGCGGGUAUGGAGAUGCUUCAUUGACGGUGCAGACUAUGUGGUGUAUACGGAUCAUAACCCUUUGCAAUAUCUAAGGUCACAAUCUAAACCCACAGCUCGUUUGGUUCGUUGGUUGUCUGAAAUCGAGACUUACGAUCCUAAAAUACUGUACAAACCUGGCAAAAUCAAUCAAGUCCCGGACGCUUUAUCUUGUCGUGAUGGUGCUAGCUGUGUAGCUGCUGAAACUAGUAUGGAGCCUUGUUAUUUGUACUCUGUUGAGUCAAAUAUCAUGGUACAUCCUUCGGAUUGGCCUACCUUCUAUCUAACCAAGCAAGAGUUAGUUCCUGGUUCGGUGAAACCUUUACUCAAGUCCAAUGCUAACCGGUUUAUUCUCAAGAAUGAAAAGGUCUAUCGCAAGGUAAAAAUUGGUGAGCGAGAGUUUGAAGCAAGGUUCUGUCCUUUUUCCAAUCGUGCUACUCUGGUCAACAGAUUCCAUGAAGGUUUUGGUCACGCUGGUCAAGGUACUGUCUUUGAGCUUAUGCGAAAGCGUUGGUGGUGGCCCAAUAUGCGAGCCGAUAUUCAAAGCUGA